CCCGCCUGGCUUGACGUGGCAACAGCUGCAGCGGCGAAGGAAGCUCCGUGUCAAAGCGAAGCGCGCCCGGCUCGGCUCCAGCUCCAGCUCCGCUCAGCAUCUGGAUGGGGACGCCGCUGCUUCUGCUGCUGGGGCUGCUCUCGGCCGUGGUGCCGCUGCGCGCCGUGCAAAUCGACCGGAGCCGCCUACAGUGGUUGGCCCGCGGGAAGGUGGAGAGCUGUGGUGGAUGACAAUUGAACCGCCUUCCAGAGGUGAAGGCCUUCAUCAAUGAAGACCUGCCUUUGUACCACAACAUGGACCUGAAAUAUUUGGCGGGGGCGGAUCCCGAACUCAUCCUGCUCAACAUUAAGUUUGAAGAGCUCCAGAGAAUCCCCUUGAGCAACAUGUCCCGGGACGAGAUAAACCAACUGAUGCAACAAUUGGGGUUCUACCGCAAAGAAACACCGGAUUCCCCCGUUCCCGAUGCCUUCCAGAUGGCGCCCGCCAAUUCGCUGCCCCCGGAUGUGGAAGCAAUGAAGGGCAAACCCGGGAAGCAGAAAAAGGGGGCGGGGGGCUCAGACCUAUAGAAUUCGGGGUGCUCUGUUGGUGUUUGUGAGGGGUGCCAUCUUGGAACGAAGGGGAGGUCUCGGGGCAUUCAAGAUAUCUAGGUAUAAGAUUUCUUUUCUGGUUCACACACAAUUGUGCUGUCGGAGAGAUUAAUAUUCACAGAUGCAUAGCCAGUGGUGAGAUUCAACCGAUUUGCACUACUUUGAGAGAACCGGUUGUAAGUGAGUAAUUUGGUGAACUGGUUGUUGGAAGAAAUCAUGAGGGCAGAGAACCGAUUGUUAAAAUUAUUUGAAUCCCACUGCUUUGCAAAGGCUGCACAUUUUGCUCAAGGGGAAGAACGUGUUGCCACCCGCAAGA